AUGUUUAGCUCACUGGGGUUGUUCAGCGCAGUCCCUUGCCCCCAAAAUGACCAGUGCACCGUCAUAAAUUGUAUAUUCUCACAUCAAGAGGUGAGGAAUGCAGCCACCUUUCCGUCAACCGCUGAUUCCAAAGAGAGAGCGAAUCCACGGCCUGAAAAUAUAGACGAACCCAUUAGGAAGAGGCAGCGUUUAUAUGACGAUGGAGGGACCAUGGGUGGAUCUUCCGGUCAGGAAAUCGACGCUGCUGUGGUUGAACGUACUUCUACAACAGUUGCGGAACGGCCAAAAUCCUCACCCCCUAGGAGUAAGGGCAACCUUAACUCAUUAGGGAGACGAGUGUCUCCUCCUCUAGUCAACCGCACUGCUACCCGUGCAAAUGUUGCAGAGCCUUUGGCAGAGGACCAUGAUAAAAGGAAGUCAGAUACCCCGUCUGUCAUGCAAAGGAGGCAAAUAAAGAAAGAGACUCUCAAUCCAAGACACUUGUCUAAACCUCCGGCAACGCAUGUAAUUCGCACGUCAAUCCUAGUCAAAUUGCACAGCGUGAUGGUACGCCUUAACGAGGAGCUGAAGAAAUCCGUUGACCCGUCCAAAAGGUGCAUGAUUCUCUCCGCUGAUGAGUUGGUUUCGAUGGCCUUGGAUGAAGAAGAAAAAAUUGCGAAAGAGUCGCCGGCUGUCUAUUCGAAUGUCGUUAAACUACGUAUAGUGAAACUGGCAAAGAUGAAACAGCAGGAAUGGCAAGAGACUGUGACAGCUUUCCUCCGAACAGAAGACUCACCAAAAACGAUAAAGCCAGAAGGCUCGCCACCGAAACCUUUAUCAACUGGAUUAGCAGCUGAAGAGGAGAAAUUAGUCCUCUCAACGCUCUAUGCUUCUACCAGAGAUUUGAAAGAGCUUGAAUAUGUCAUGAUUCCUCCAUCAAUGGAUGAAAUUACUGCUGCAAAGCGCGGAAUAGAGGCGUCACAAGGGUGGGAGAAAUGUGACCGAUGUAAUGGGAGGUUCCAAGUCUUCCCAGGCAGGAGAUCUGAUGGUGCCUUAACGUCAUCAGGCCCAUGUGUCUAUCACUAUGCAAGGCCGAUUCGGCCGCCAAAGCAGAAAACAGAGCACAUAGUGGGACAGAAAGAGUUUUACUAUCCUUGCUGUAAAGAACCUGUUGGAAAAUCUACAGGAUGCACAAAGGUAGAUUCCCACGUGUUCAAGGUCACUGAUAUGAAGCGAUUAGCGGCUACAAUGCAGUUUGAACGAACACCGCGGCAACCGGGCAAAAAAAUCCUGCCACCGGUCUGCAUUGAUUGUGAAAUGGGGUAUACCACGUUAGGACUUGAGAUGAUUCGCCUAACUGCGAUAACCUGGCCGGAAGGUAAAUUGCUGGUUGAUGUUUUGGUGAGGCCAAUAGGAGAGAUAUUAGACCUUAAUACUCGCUAUUCGGGCAUUCGAUCCGAACAAUUUGCUAAAGCUACACCUUAUAAGACUGAGCAAGCAUCCACUGCCACAACGAAAAAGCAUGAUUCCAAGUCAACUAAUAACCUUGAAAUGGUUGACUCUCCUGCAACUGCAAGGGAGUUGCUUUUCCAACACCUACAACCAGAAACGCCUCUCAUUGGCCAUGCUUUGGACAAUGACCUUAAUGUUUGUCGCAUUAUCCAUCCUACUAUCGUUGACACUGUGCUGUUAUAUCCACACCCAGCAGGCUUGCCAAUGCGAAACGGUCUUCGAGCUCUCACAAAGAAGCACCUUGGGCGAGAUAUACAAGCUGGUGGAGGUACUGAAGGGCAUGAUUCCAUAGAAGACACUAAAGCUACCGGAGACCUGGUGAGGUACAAAGUAGGUGAGAAGUGGAAAGCUCUGAAACGCUCAGGUUGGACUAUUCGUGAUGGGGAGUUGUUGAGUCCGGCAGGUAAUGGAGUCUCCCAAGGACCCUGGGCUUCAGAUGCUGGCUUUGGUGUGAAGAGGAAGGCUAUGGAUGGCACCUAG